UUUCAAUAUCCAUUUUCAGCGCCCAAUUUCAGAGGACAGAAGCUCCAGUUCUCUAACUACGGCGAUUCACCCUCUUUCCUAUGGCUGCAUAAUUUUUCAGAAAAUUUCUGGAUUUCAAUAAUAUUAAUCGAGAAUCAUUCAUCGAAUUCCCUUGAUUGAGGUUUACUAAAAUGGCUGCGGUUUUGCGAAAAACCGGUCAAUUAAAUUCCAGAAUCUGCAAAACGCCCAAAAUCCCAUUUUUCGCAUUCCCUCUUAAACCCCUGCAAAACCCUAAUGAGCUGCUUCGAGAAUCCUUUUCUACAAAGUCGUCGAAUUUCCCCGAAUACGAGAUGCCUACUGUGACUUGGGGUGUGAUUCAAGGCCGAAAGGAGAAAUUGGUAUCUAGGGUCAUCAUCUGUGAUUACAUGAAAUCCUUAGGAAUUGUGCCUGAUGAGCUCGAGGAACUCGAAUUGCCCUCCACCGUUGAGGUGAUGCGCGAACGAGUCGAGUUUUUGCAGAAAAUAGGCUUGACUAUAGAUGAUAUCAAUGAAUACCCGUUGAUGCUGGGCUGUAGUGUGCGGAAAAACAUGGUUCCGGUGUUGGGGUAUUUAGAAAAGAUUGGGAUUCCAAGGGCGAGGAUGGGGGAGUUUGUGAAGAACUAUCCUCAGUGUCUCCACGUCAGUGUCGUGGUGGAGCUUGCACCGGUUAUUAAGUUUUUGCGAGGGCUUGAUGUGGAGAAACAGGAUAUGGGCUAUGUGUUGAUGAAGUAUCCGGAACUGUUAGGCUUCAAGCUCGAGGGAACGAUGAGUACGUCUGUUGCUUACUUGGUGAGCAUUGGGGUUAAUCCGAGGGACAUUGGUCCGAUGGUGACUCAGUAUCCCUACAUCUUGGGGAUGAGAGUUGGGACGAUGAUUAAGCCCCUCGUGGAUUAUUUGGUUUCGUUGGGCUUGCCCAAGAAGAUCUUAGCUAGAAUGUUUGAGAAGCGGGCUUAUAUUCUCGGCUAUGAUCUUGAGGAGACUGUGAAACCGAAUGUGGAUUGUUUGUUGAGUUUUGGUAUCAAGAAGGAAGCACUCGCAUCCAUCAUUGCUCAGUAUCCACAAAUUCUCGGUUUGCCCUUGAAGGCGAAACUGUCCUCCCAACAGUACUUCUUCAACCUGAAGCUGAAGAUCGACCCUGAUGGGUUUGCUCGUGUUAUUGAGAGGAUGCCACAGAUCGUCAGUCUCAAACAAAACGUGAUUAUGAAACCAGUCGACUUCCUACUGGGACGGGGUAUUGCUUCUGCUGACAUGGCAAAGAUGGUUGUCAAAUGUCCCCAACUAAUUGCUCUUCAAGUCGGGCUCAUGAAGAACAGUUACUACUAUUUCAAGAGUGAGAUGGGGAGGCCAGUGAAGGAGCUUGUCGAGUUUCCUGAAUACUUCACAUACAGCUUAGAAUCAAGGAUCAAACCGCGUUACCAGAGGCUGCAGAGCAGGGGGAUUAGAUGCUCUCUGGCGUGGUUCCUCAAUUGUAGCGAUCAAAGAUUUGAAGAGCGACUUCAAGGUGCGUACAUAGAAGCUGAAAGCUCUGGUCCAUCUUUCACUGUAGGUGGAAAGUUAGAGCUUCCUGGGAAUAAUGAUGUUGUAUCGGAGGAAGAUGAGAGUGAUGAUGAAAUACUUUAUAGGCGUACCGUAUCUUUGUAACCACGGUUUUUGAUCAAAUUAUACUGUAUCUGUUUCUGGUUUAGAGAGGAUAUGGAUUUCAAAUUUUCAUCUUUUAUAUCAACCUGAAAUUCUUUGUCA